CUGUGGAUAUAGUUUGAAGUAUUUUUGCUAUGUUAUGUAAAUUAUUGAAAACAUUAAACAUCAGCUAAAGAAACCUUAUAUUAAAUUAGUUAUUAGGUGCUUUUAUCUUGCUAAUUAGUAAAUUUUGAUUUAGUAGUUAAUCUUAUCUUGAUUUGAAAAUUUGAACGAAUCAUAACGUCGGCGGUACUGUGUAUCAUCUCGUACGUAUUGUGAACUCACUAAAGCGGAACAGUGAACGGCGAAAAUAAUCUUUAUAUAUUAUUCGUUAGCAUUAAGCUCUUUCCUCGAUUUCUUUCAUUAAAAUCUAAAGCAAAUGUGAUUUAGUACAGUACUAUGGAGGACUAUAAAUUCUUGUUUAAAGUCGUGCUAGUCGGUAACGCAGGUGUUGGAAAAACUUGUUUAGUAAGGAGAUUUACGCAAGGAUUAUUUCCACCGGGUCAAGGUGCUACUAUUGGAGUAGAUUUCAUGAUCAAGACGGUGGAGGUUGAUGGCGAAAAAGUGAAGCUACAAAUAUGGGACACAGCUGGCCAAGAAAGAUUUCGGUCAAUAACACAGAGUUACUACAGGUCGGCACAUGCUUUGAUUUUAGUAUAUGACAUAUCUUGCCAGCCUACAUUUGACUGUUUACCAGAUUGGCUCAGAGAAAUUGAAGAGUAUGCUAACAACAAAGUUUUGAGAAUAUUAGUGGGUAACAAAACUGACAGAGAAGAUAGGGAAAUUCCAAGACACAUUGGUGAUGACUUUGCACAACGUAAUGGGAUGUAUUUUCUUGAAACCUCAGCUAAGGAAGCCGAAAAUGUUGAGCGUUUAUUUAUGGAAAUUGCUGUGGAAUUGAUGGAACAAGCAAAAUGCAAGGAAUUGCCAAAGUACGAUGGAAGUCUGGGACCUAUCAACGGUAAGACAUCAUCGGUAGGUGACAGUUCAUGCUGUUCCAGAUCGUAAAUAAUACUCCCGAGAGUCAGCCAAGUAUUCAGAAGGUCCUGUUCUAAGAUGAAUUAGGAAUGCGUAUAUCACAACAAUUUCUAUGGGUUAAAUAAUGUUGCAAUAUUUCUAAAGAACAGUCACGGCAAUAUUAAAGUAAAAUUUUAAAGUAAAAAAAAAUUUGUUUUGAUACAUUCCAUUUUGUUAUUUAUUAUAGUUAAAUUUUAUGAAAUACUGAAACGUUUUGUGAUGUUUAGGUAAUUUUAACCAUAAGUAUGCAUUUUUCAUACAAUUAGUAUAAUUAUUACAAAACUCCAUUAAUCACAAACUCACAAAAGCAAUGCAUAUCGAGGACGACGGGACUCAGUCGUUCUCACCAGUGCUAGGUAAGGUGUAAUAUGUCUAAUUGUCUAAGUAGUUAAAGAACUUAUAUUCUGUAAGGAGACUCCUGGAGUUUUGUUAAUAUUGUUUUCACUUUAACGACUGUGUUAGUUGAAUUUACCUAAAUUGUUGAUGUAUAUUUCAUAUUCUCGGCGUCUGCGAGCGUGUAGGGCUGCGUGAAUAAAGAUAUUGCGUGAAGCCUUAAGUGGGGUUUACACGGGUGACUACAGCCGCACUGUCUAAAUGACAAUUCGGCUAGGUCGCAAGUGACUAAAGUCGCAAGCGCCAAAGUUGGGUAGCAUCCGACUUUUGCGGUGCGGCGUACCGGCCGCAUGCGACUGGUGACUAAAGUCGACCGUGUAAACGAUCAGUUGCAGGCGAUCGCCUGCCGUUUUCCGCGCACCUUGUUCUACGUACAAAUCGUUAACCAUGAAUAAAAAUAA